GGCACGUGCGCGCGCAACCUUCCUCCCGGGGCCGCGCGCCCCGACGCUCGCGAAGGCUCGGCGCACCGGCUGUCCUCGGCCGCUCGGGGGACCUGAGGGACGCGCGGCCGCCUGCGGGGCCGGCGGUGCAGCGCGAGAGAGCUCGGAGGCCCGCCGGGGGGAGGAUAUUUCAACAAGGAAGAAAUCACUCUCCUCCUAAGAUGGAAUCUGUGAUUUGGGAAUGUGGUUGAUCAACUUGAUAUGCUGGCCAGAUGUGCCCUAUGUAAUAAAAUGAAAAGAAGAUACAAGAUGAUGUCAUUUUCCAAUAUUGUGAAACCAAAAACAAAUGCCUUUUGUGAGACCAGGUUAACAAACCUCUAACAGUACAAGGAGUUUUUAACUGUUUGAAGAACCUAACAGAUACAGAAGGGGUGCUUUCAAGCUGAGACCUGCAGGCACAUCUUGAGUAAAUCUGAUCAUCCGAGUCUCAUUCAGAUCCAGGAAGAAUGGCUAUGAGUUGGAUUGUCUUUUAUCUUUGGCUCUUGACUGUGUUUGUGGGGCACAUAGGUGGGCACAGUUUGUUUUCUUGUGAACCUAUUACCUUGAGGAUGUGCCAAGAUUUGCCUUAUAAUACUACCUUCAUGCCUAAUCUUCUGAACCAUUAUGACCAACAGACAGCAGCUUUAGCCAUGGAGCCAUUCCAUCCUAUGGUGAAUCUGGACUGUUCUCGGGAUUUUCGGCCAUUUCUUUGUGCACUCUAUGCCCCUAUUUGUAUGGAAUAUGGACGUGUCACACUGCCCUGUCGUAGGCUAUGUCAGCGUGCCUAUAGCGAGUGUUCAAAGCUCAUGGAGAUGUUUGGUGUUCCUUGGCCUGAAGAUAUGGAAUGCAGUAGGUUUCCAGAUUGUGAUGAGCCAUAUCCCCGACUUGUGGAUUUGAAUUUGGUUGGAGAUCCAACUGAAGGUGCCCCAGUUGCAGUGCAGAGGGAUUAUGGCUUUUGGUGUCCCCGAGAGUUGAAAAUUGAUCCUGACCUUGGCUAUUCCUUUUUGCACGUGCGAGAUUGUUCACCACCAUGUCCCAAUAUGUACUUUAGGAGAGAAGAACUGUCAUUUGCUCGCUAUUUCAUAGGACUGAUUUCAAUCAUUUGCCUCUCUGCCACGUUGUUUACUUUUUUAACCUUUUUGAUUGACGUCACAAGAUUCCGUUACCCUGAAAGGCCUAUCAUAUUUUAUGCAGUCUGCUACAUGAUGGUGUCAUUGAUUUUCUUCAUUGGCUUUUUGCUUGAGGACCGAGUAGCCUGCAAUGCAUCUAGCCCUGCACAGUAUAAGGCUUCCACAGUGACACAAGGAUCUCACAAUAAAGCCUGUACCAUGCUUUUUAUGGUACUCUAUUUUUUCACUAUGGCUGGCAGUGUAUGGUGGGUAAUUCUUACCAUCACAUGGUUUUUAGCAGCUGUGCCAAAGUGGGGUAGUGAAGCUAUUGAGAAGAAAGCAUUGCUGUUUCAUGCCAGUGCCUGGGGCAUCCCUGGAACUCUAACUAUCAUCCUUUUAGCGAUGAAUAAAAUUGAAGGUGACAAUAUUAGUGGCGUGUGUUUUGUCGGCCUCUACGAUGUUGAUGCGUUAAGAUAUUUUGUUCUCGCUCCCCUCUGCCUAUAUGUGGUAGUUGGAGUUUCUCUCCUCUUAGCCGGCAUUAUAUCCCUAAACAGAGUUCGUAUUGAGAUCCCAUUAGAAAAGGAAAACCAAGAUAAGUUAGUGAAAUUCAUGAUCCGGAUUGGUGUUUUCAGCAUUCUUUACCUUGUACCACUCUUGGUUGUAAUUGGAUGUUACUUUUAUGAGCAAGCUUACCGUGGCAUCUGGGAAACAACAUGGAUACAGGAACGCUGCAGAGAAUAUCAUAUUCCGUGUCCGUACCAGGUUACUCAGAUGAGUCGUCCGGACCUGAUUCUCUUUCUGAUGAAGUAUCUGAUGGCUCUCAUAGUCGGGAUCCCCUCUAUAUUUUGGGUUGGAAGCAAAAAGACAUGUUUUGAAUGGGCCAGUUUUUUCCAUGGUCGUAGGAAAAAAGAGAUAGUGAAUGAGAGCCGGCAGGUGCUCCAGGAACCUGACUUUGCUCAGUCGCUCCUGAGAGACCCAAAUACUCCUAUUAUACGAAAAUCAAGAGGAACUUCCACUCAAGGAACAUCCACACAUGCGUCUUCAACUCAGCUGGCCAUGGUGGAUGAUCAAAGGAGCAAAGCAGGAAGUGUCCACAGCAAAGUGAGCAGCUACCAUGGCAGCCUCCACAGGUCACGGGACGGCAGGUACACUCCCUGCAGUUACCGAGGAAUGGAGGAGAGACUACCUCACGGCAGCAUGUCACGCCUGACGGAUCACUCCAGGCACAGUAGUUCUCAUCGGCUCAAUGAGCAGUCACGACACAGCAGCAUCCGAGACCUCAGUAACAACCCCAUGACUCACAUCACACACGGCACCAGCAUGAACCGUGUUAUCGAAGAGGACGGGACCAGUGCUUAGUCUCGUCUAAAGUGAAACUUGUGCUGUUGAAAGUGGGUUUUAGUCUUGGUCUUCGCAUGGCUGGCUGCCGUAACUUGCUGUCAUCCUGCUUUUAAUCAGGCAGAGUGUGCCCACUGAGAAGGUAGAUCUUUGCUUUUUAUAUCACAUCAAACUUGGCGUGUAAACACAUCCCAAACACUAAGAAUCAUGUCAUCACAAAAAUAAUUCUUUCUAGGUUGUGAAGAGAUGAUUGUCUGGUAAGCAUUUUUAUAAUCCCACUUAUUUUAUAUUUAGAAAAAUCCUAUAUGUGUGGUGACUGCUUUGUAGUGAACUUUCAUAUAAUAUGAACUAGUGGUGAAAUGACAUUCUGGUAGCUCUGUUAAUAAAACAAAGUUUCAGAAUUAAAGAAAAUUUCUAUGCAAGGCUUAUUUCUCAGAUGAAUACUAGGACUUUGUAGGUUUAUUUCCACUGAGUGAAAAAAAGGAACUGUUUUUAAACUGUAGAAGACUGUGAUAAGCCAGCAAGGGUAUUAGCUAAUAGGAUCAAAGUGCCAGAAAAGUCCAGUUGGCCUGUGGGAGGUACUCUCGAAGUCCAUAGUCUUCCCCACAGAUAUUCAGGAUGUUGAUGAAUUAGCAUUGGAGUAAAGGCAGAGAUGAGCAUUUCCCCUGCAGUUGUAUUGUUUUUUACUUUUGUAAAUAUUACUUUUAUGGGCUAUGUUUUUAUAAUAUCCAUAUGCAUGAUAGAAAAAAUUUAAUUUGUGGCCAUCUUUUCUCCUAGGUAAUUGUAUUGAUUCAUAGACAACUUCAUGUUCAGAUAUGUUCUGUGGAGGCAUGCAGUAAGAUAAGCAUCACACAUUAUAAGGGUUUUUAAGUGGUAAACAAAUUACAAAAUGGCAAAAUAUUUUCUCUGUAUUCGUUGUUGUAUUUUUCUACAGUGAGAUGUGACCUUGCCAAAGCCAUCAGACAUUGAUAUCCAGGCCCUCCUAUAGUGAGCUGAUUGUCUGCACUCGAACUCCCCCGUAGCCAGUUGGCUACUGCUUGUGCCCCACAUUCCUAAUUUCAGUUUCUGAAUCAUUGUUUACAUCUGAAAUAUAUAAUCUAAGUCCAAAGUGGUGAUUCAUUUGGGUUCUUGAAAACCAUUGUAGCUAAGUGGAGCAUGGUUACUCUUUCUGUGAAUACCUUUAAUCUAAAAAAUACCAAGUGAAAAACACUUGACAUUUUAUCUUAUAAAGCUUAAAUGAUUUAGAAUAUGAACUGUGAACUUUAUUGGGUAUGAAACUGAUCAGAAAGAAAAAUUCUGGAAAAUGCUAAUGUGUUUAUUCAGAAAACACAGUGAUCCCCAGCCCUGAUUUCAGGUAACACUCACUCUGGGAGCUCUUGUUAGCCAACAUCUUUCUCUCAGGUGAGAGUUGAUGCUUUAAAAACAAACAGAAGCUUUCCAGGUGAUUUAUUAGCUAGCCAGACUUGAAGCCCAUUCUUUUAACCUCGCUUUCUCCUAAUGAUGGGCUGAUGGUAUCACUUUUGAUCAUGGGAAGAUCUAGCCAGACUCAGUGAUACACUUUACAUUGUUACCUAAUAUAUUGUUGUUUCCUACUUUUUUAUCCAUUAUAAAAUGCAGAAUUCUCAAUUCUCAUCUCUGGAGAGUCUUACUCAGUAAGUCAGUAGAAUUUUACAGACCUGUGUUUCUAAAAACACAGAAGAUACUUAGCAGGCUAUCCAAGAAUCACACUCAGAAAAAAUUAUUCUAGACUCUGGAGAGGGAAGCCUGGCUUUGCCAUAUGCUAGUUUUCAACUUUGAACAAGUCAGCCUCCUUGAGCCUAGCUCCCCUUGUUUGAAAAUGAAGAUUGAAGAUGAAUAUCUACUCUACCUACCUCACAAAGUUGUCAAAUUAAGAUCAAAUGAAAACAACCACAUGGAAGCUCUUGGAAACUGUGAAGCAUUCUGAAAUAGAGAGACUAGGAUUCUUGAGGACUUAGGAGCUUUAUUAGAGGUCUCCUGUAGUACAUUUCUUGACACAUGCUUAUUCCUGUGUACGCUUCUUUCACCCUUUAAAAUUAAGAGCUCCUACCUGACAGAAGAGCCAGUUUUCUGGUAGUCAUGAUUUAUUUGUGUCAUGUUGCUUCUUUAAAGUAUGUACCAGUAGAGAUUACCCAUUCUUCCUAAGACACAGUUGAGCAUUUAGCCCCAAAUGUUUUCUCUUCCUCUGUCCUCCUAUCUUUCUCCUUGGAACUGGAGUUACCACUCAGAGAGGCCUGAAGUCCCUUAUAACUGGCAGUUAGUAAACCCUUCCUUACGCCUUACAAGGCACAACUGAUAACUUGUCUAUAAAUAAACCAGUAACUCAGGAAGCUUCUGUUUGAGAAGCUCCGUAGAACAGCAUGGGCAAACCCAAACAAACAUCCACAAACAAUCAUAGGAAGUUAAGAUAGAAAUACCAGUUUCAGCUCAAAGAUGUCGUCUGUUACCAUCUGCAUUACUACCAAUUGCCAAGUGUUCAUUGGUUGUCUUUUAAAGUGGGCCAAGUGCAGACAGUGAAGUGAGCGUUGCCAUGAAAGUCUCACCUUGGUGCUUCCAGAUUCUGUGCGUGCACUUGCACCGCCUCCAAGCUGGUGGUGAGGUGCACGUGAAUGUUGUUGGCCUGCAGUCACCUUCAACAGGUGCCGUCAUUCACUUGUUCUGCACAGACUGCAUAAUGUUGUUUGUUUCAAGUAGCACUGUUCAGUUUGGGCCGUGUUCUGUAGCAUACUAGUGCUAUAGGUUAAGAAUUUUUCUUCCUUUUCUUCCUUUCUUUCUUUCUCUUUCUUUCUUUCUUUCUUUCUUUCUUUCUUUCUUUCUUUCUUUCUUUCUUUCUUUCUUCCUUCCUUCCUUCCUUCCUUCCUUCCUUCCUUCCUUCCUUCCUUCCUUCCUUCCUUCCUUCCUUUCUUUGAAGAACUAUAGCAGAACAGUGAUUUCAAAUCUUUUUUUUUAAAGAUUUAUUUAUUUAUUAUGUAUACAGAAGAGGGCACCAGAUCUCAUUACAGAUGGUUGUGAGUCACCAUGUGGUUGCUGGGAAUUGAACUCAGGACCUCUGGAAGAGCAGUCGGUGCUCUUAACCUCUGAGCCAUCUCUCCAGCCCUGAUUUCAAAUCUUAACCUGCUUAAAUUGACUUAACAAGUCUGGACAGUUUUCUCACUGAGUAACUUUAAUUUCUGUUGUGAUUGGCAUAUGUUAAUACUUAGUGUUUUCUUUGUUCAGUUGACACCCAAGAAAAUGAUAGUUCCCCCUAAAGUAUUAAUAUAUUAUCAAAAGGGUUUUGAAAAGUACUUUGAUUUUAGCAAUAUUGUUCUAUUCAUAAUUAGGCAAGAGAUCCAAGGCAAUAGUCAGCUCAAAACAGUAAUUUGUUUCAGAGACAGUUGGUGAAUAAUGAUUAGCACAGGGCUUAGUGUAGCAUAGCUUUUCAGUAAAAUGUUUAAUGAACAACUGACUACAUAGCCCUCAACUUAGACCCUGAGAAUUGUUUAUGUAUAUGUUUGUGAUUACGUUUUUUUAAAUCUGUGUAAAGUAGGAAUUUUUUAUUUCACAUAAAAACACGGGGGACAGAAGUUUUCUAGAACCUAGCUUUAAAAAUAAACUCAUGAUUCUUUUAAACUUCUUUUAUGCCUUUUUGUGGCCAAUUAAAAUGCAAAAAGCCUGGGCUUGGAGAAAUGGUUCAUUGGUUAAGUGUGCUUGCUGCUCUUCCAAAGGACCCAAGAUCAGUUCCUAGUACCCUUGCUGCAUGUAACUCCAGCUCCAGGGGAUCUGAGGCUUUCCUCUGGCCUCCUCUGACACCAGUGCACUGUAGCAGAUGCACAUGUACACAUAAAUUCAAAAUAAAGUAAAUUUUUCUCCAAGACAGAGUUUCUCUGUAUAUCCCUGACUUGAGUAUCUGAAGCUCUCUUUGUAGACCAGGCUGGCCUCGAACUCACAGAGAUCCGCCUGCCUCUGCCUCCCGAGUGCUGGGAUUAAAAGUGUGUACCACAGGCCGGGCAGUGGUGGCGCACGCCUUUAAUCCCAGCACUCAGGAGGCACAGCCAGGCAGAUCUCUGUGAGUUCGAGGCCAGCCUGGGCUACCAAGUGAGUCCAGGAAAGGCGCAAAGCUACACAGAGAAACCCUGUCUCGAAAAACCAAAAAAAAAAAAAAGUGUGUACCACCACUGCCCAUCUUAAAGUAAUUUUUUUUAAAUAUGAAAAACAUUUAUUUAACUCAACUAUAUAGCCUAAAGUCUAUAUACCUUUACAUAAAUUUGAUUAUUUAUGGAAAUGCAUUGGCAUUUGUGCAUCUCUUCAUAAUUUUUCUUCUUUUUCAUUUUUUUGUUGUUCAAGUCAUGUCAGUACUGGGAAAAGCUUAGGAAAACCAGACGUCCCUCACUGGUCCACCAGACUAUAAUUGCUUCCUCUAAUUCUAACCCUGUUUAUCUUUAUUUAAUAACUAAACUGGUACAGGAUAAUACUUUUCUUUCGAUAUCCAAAUCUUCUGGGAAAAGACAAUGUUAAAAGUCUGCGUAGAGCCAACCAUCUUAAUAGACAGGGCUGUUUGGUUGGCCUACAAAAAACAGUGUAUGUCAAUGUGUUUAUUCCUGUGUUCUCUAAGUAGAAAAUCUGGAUAUGAAGUUGUUUUUUUUUUUAGUUUUUCACUAAUAUUUUGGUCAAAGACCAAGCCAGUACAAAAUCCAUUAAGUUCAAUCUAUUUAAAUGUAUUGAAGGAUACUUAUCUUUGGCUUUUAUUUAAAUAGCCACCUAGAAACCUAUCUUGUCCUUUUCAUGGAUAUUUUUGUUGGUAUGGUAGAAUUGUUCAUAAUUUAUGCUAGUUUUAUUAACCACUACAUCAUUUUCCCUUGGUUAAAAAAGUUUUUUGCUUUUUAAUAAUUCAAAAGUUUAAAAUUUGCCAGGUGUGGUGGCGUACACAUUUAAUCUCAGCACUUGGGAGUAGAUGCAGGAGGAGCUCUGUGAGGUUCAGACCAGCCUGGUCUACAUAGUGAGCUCUAGGGCAUAGAGGGCUGCAUAGGAAGACCUUGUUUAAAAGAUAAAUUAAUGAAUUAAUUAAGGUUCUGUGUUCUGUUAGUCUGCUCAUUACCACUCACUAUUGAAUUAGUAUUUUUAAGGUCUUUUUUUCAAGCUUGUUAUAUUUCCUGAAGCAGAUAAAUAUCUAAGCAAGCUUGCUCGUAUUUGUAAAUUGCAGAUGUUUCUUUGUUUUAUGCUAACUGGCUUUUCAAAAUUUAGAACUCAGUGGUUUUGUUUUGGCCAGGUUUUAUUUAAUAACUAGUAAGAAUGCAUUGUUAUUUUAAAAUAUCCUAGGAUUUUGAGUCAGGAAAGCUGAUAUCUAGUCUUGCCUCCCUUUUCAAUGAGCUGUGUAACUUCAGACCGAGCAUUUUUGUUUGCAGUUGAAGGGAAUGUAGGGGUUAGAUUAGGAGUCUCAUAUUCCCCUGAACUCUCACUUGCUUCUCCCUUGACCAUUUGAUAGUCACUGCUGUGAGCUCACUUGCGUUCUCUUCCCAUAAACUAUGUGUACUUAAUCAGCUUACACAGCUAAGGCACCUUGAACUUAAGGUGGAUGUCAUGAGAGGCAUUUGUAGUUCUGUUUGGUUCUGUUGCUGCAGUGCGAGGGCUUAGACUCCUGGACCCCCAAUGCUAGAAAAGCGUUCUGCCUCUGAGCUCCAUUUCCAACCCCAUUCAUGUGCUGAUCUCCAAGUCGUAGGUCUAUAUCCCAGGCUGGCUCUGAACUUGUAGUUCUCCUACCUCUGCCAGCCAAGUGCUGGGAUGUCAGCUGUGCCACCACACCCCAGCUGAAGUGAUUUUUAAAAGAGGGAAAUUGUGUUACAUAUAAUAAAAGUGAAAGAAGUUACAAAUGCCAGACAUGGAUUUAUUAAUGAAAAAAACCCUCCUUAAACAUCAGCAUAAGCAUAUUAAGUUGAUAAACAUAAAAGAAAUGACAUAGUUUGUGGUCUUUGUUCUCUUAGUUAUGAAUAUUGGUAUUUAGUUAAGACCUCUUUCCAGAUGCAUUCUGUAGUUCUGUAGUGUAGUUCAUUGAGAGAGCUCCUCCCCAAUGCGUUCAAAAUAAAAUGAGUGAACAGAUCAGUUACAGCACUGGCUCCUUUGCUAAUUAAAAGACUGUCAGGUUUAACCAACAUUCAGAUGACUAUAAAAAUCUAGUAUUAUUUUUGUUGUUUGUUUUGUUUUUUAAGGCAGGAUUUCUCCGUGUAGCCCUAGAUGUCCUGGAACUUUCUCUCUCUCUUUGUAGACCAGGCUGGUCUCGAACUCAGAGUCCCACCUGCCUCUGCCUCCUGAGUACUGGGAUUAAAGGUGUAUACCACCACCACUCAACUUGAUUAUAAAAUCUAAAAGAACAUAGAGAAAUCGAAUAGAAUUUUUCCCUGUAGUCAUUACUUUUUAACUGCCUCCUCACAUUCAUUGAAUAAGUGUAGCUGUCAGGUUGCCACAGAAAAGUGAUGGCCUGAUUUAAAGUACUAACAGGGUUGGGAUUUAGCUCAGCAAUAGACAGGACCCUGGGUUCAUUGCCAGCCUUGAAAACACAACUCACAAAAUAUUGUUAGAGAUAAUCGUGAUUUGUUAUUGUUAAUUUGUCCUGGCUUGGCAGAAAAUAUUACCAUAAAGAUUCCUUAAUUAUUUCUAAUAGGGCCAGUGAGAUGACUCAGCAGGUACAAGCACUUGCUGCCAAGCCUGACGUUGAGUUCCAUCUGAGAUCCAUAUGGUGGAAAGAGGGAACAGACGCCCACAAUUUGUCCUCUGACCUCUACAUGUGAGCUGUAGUGUACAUGUGUGUGUAGAGUGUAGGUACAUGUGUGUGUGUGUGUGUGUGUGUGUGUAUGUGUGUGUGUGUGUAGACAUGAACACACAUACACGCUAUCAAUAAAUAUAACAAAAAUUUUAAGUAUUAUUUAAUAAAACAUAGAGAUUCCAGUAGCUCCAUCCUGUCAACAUCUUGUCAAUUAGUGAUGCUUUCCAAGAACUGGAUCAAGGAAAUUCCAGGGACUUUUUUUUAGUUCUAUUUUAUGUGUGUGGAUGUUUUGCCUGCAUCUGUGUUUGUGCACUACUUGGAUGCCUGGUACUCAAGGAUCCAGAAGAGGGUCCCCAGAUCUCUGAAAGUGGAGUUACGGAGGGUUGUGAACCACUCUGGGGAAUCUUACCCCAGUCCUCUGAAAGAUCAACCUGUGCUCCUGACCACUGAGCCAUCCCUCCAACCCACCUAUUUACUUUUAAAGAUUGUUUUUCUUUGCUCUGACUGCCCGUAUCAGUUCAUAUAAUGUCUUGAAUGCUUUGUACUGUAGAUUUGCCGUGUACAGUUGGGCUUGAAGUCUGGUGAGUACCUAACAUUAGAAAGUAGGUCUAGGUUGGCGUACUGGUUUCUAGUUUCUUUUCUUUUCUUUCCUAACUAUGUCAACUUUGUAGCCCCCCACCUCCCACCCCAUUUUGGUUCUGGUGAACAAGAAAGGCCUCUCUUGGGCUGGAGAGAUGGCUCAGAGGUUAAGAGCACUGGCUGCUCUUCCAGAGGUCCUGAGUUCAAUUCCCAGCAACCACAUGGUGGCUCACAACCACCUGUAAUGAGAUCUGGUGCCCUCUUCUGGCCUGCAGUCAUACAUGCUGUAUACAUAAUAAAUAAAUCUUUUUGUUGUUGUUGUUUUUUUGUUUUUCGAGACAGGGUUUCUCUGUGUAGCUUUGUGCCUUUCCUGGGACUCACUUGGUAGCCCAGGCUGGCCUUGAACUCACAGAGAUCCGCCUGGCUCUGCCUCCCGAGUGCUGGGAUUAAAGGCGUGCGCCACCACCGCCCGGCUAUAAAUAAAUCUUUAAAAAAAUUUAAAAAAAAGAAAUGAAAAGAAAGGCCUCUCAUAUGCUAGGCAGUCAUCUACCACUGAGCUAUAUUCAUCCUCAGCUUCUGGUAGGAUUUCCUUAGCCAUACUUGAUUCCUUGUCUUAGGUCUUUCACUGACUUCCAGUAAUUAAAUUAGAUGCUCAGCCUCUCACUCAGAGAUUCCUGUAUGGCCAUAUGGUGCAUAAUGACAAUUUAGUUAUUUUUAGUUAAGAACCACAAGGCAGCCCAAGGCAGGAGGAUCACAAGUUUAAGACCUGUUUUAGACCUCCUGCCCUACAGCAGUGGUCCCUAGGGUCAUAUCACUUAGUAACAAAAUAGGCAUGUGAUUUGGUGAGUGCAUGCUUCGAUGCUGCAGAGUGACCCAGUUGCCUAGCAACACAUUUCUCAAAUGUAUCCUGCCAUUAACCAUGACUGUUAUAAUUUUUAAAUUGUCUCUAAAAACAACACAUUUAUUUUCAGUUUUCCUUCUCUCCAAGUCCUUGUUGUUGCACACAGUGAAUCUGAAGUCCAGUUUUAGUGAAUAUGUGGAGGAUUGAUAAUGAGAAGGAAGAUAUGUAAGAAAAACCAAGUGGCCCUAGAGUGAUUUAGAGUUAUCCAUCUUAGAUUUUUCUGAUUGCUUAGCUGUUCCUUCCACCCUCAGUUUUGGAAAGCUGGCAAAUAGCUUCCCUCAGCCCUGUCUCAGAUCAUUUCCCAGAACUAAUCCUGUCAGCAGAAACAUUGAAUAUGAAAUCUUUUUUUUUGUAAGAGAACAUCAACACGGUUUUUACAUUGAGCUGAGAUGAAUAUGCCUUAAAAAUAAUGUAAAUGUGAAAUUGUUUAAAUAAUAAAAAGGACUCUCUAGUGUGAAGUGUUUGUCUAAGCUCAGUGUGGUAACACAACCUGGAGUCCCAGUCUUUGAGAGGCUAAGAUAGAAGGGUUAUAAAUUUAAGGCCAUCCUGUGCUGCGUGAUAAAAUCUAGGCCAACGGGAGCUACAUAGUAAGACUGUGUCUCAAAAGCCAAGUAGAGAGGAGAAAGGUGUUCAGCAUCUGGAAAUUCUCUUGUCAGUGAGUAUCAUUUCUUGUAUAUCUUAGCCAUGAAUUGGAAUAAAUCUGAAUUCUUUAUCGUUUCUCUUUUUAUAGUAUUCCACCUUCCCCAAACUAUCCAGCUUCUCAUGUUUUAUGUUUGUUUUAUUAUUUCCACUAGAACGAGGGCAUUGUCUGCUACUAGGGCCUUGCAUAUACUAGGCAAGUCCUCUGACUCAGUUUGGUCUUUUGUAUCAAGUAUCAAGGCCUUGAACUUGCCAUGUAGUCCAGGCUAGCCUAAAGCUUGCAGUCCUCCUGCCUGGGUCUCCUGAGUGCCAAGAUUGCAGGCAUGAACUACCCAUCGUGUAAGACUUUUCACGUGCUUAACUUUUAUUUUUAUUUUUCCCUUCCUCCCUCUCUCCCUUCCUUCAUUUUUGAUGUAUCUGACUGUGUGUUGCAAAUGAUUGAACUGGGCCUUUCAUACACUAUCCAAGCCUUCUGCCACUGAACUGUAUCUCUAGUUUUACCAACUUUUAAUACCAACUUCAAUACCAACUUUUCUGCUUUUAUUUCCAACUUCUGGAUUUUGUUUUUGAGUUUUAUUUUCUCACUGAAGUGUGAAAUUUUGUUUCAUUAAUUUAAAGAUACCAUUGUCACCAAACUUUCUCCCCUCCUCAUCUUCCAAAGAAAAGUUCAUCACAUUCGCUCAUUUUGUUUGUAGGAACUAUUAUAAAAUCUAAUUCUUUUUUUUUCCCCCGAGACAGGGUUUCUCUGUGUAGUUUUGGGAAAAAUCUAAUUCUUAAAAAUUAAAAUUUUAAAUUAAGAAAUUAUUGUUCUCAAGCCCAGCAUGUUGGUACAUGUCUAUAAUCCCAGCAUUUAGGAAGCUAAUUAAGGCCAGAGGAUGGCAAGGAGUUCACGGCAAGCCUGAGCCACAUGACAAGACCCUGUCUCCAAAACAGGGCGAGACUUUGUGAAAUUUUAAUCUGAUGGUCAGUUUGGAGGAUUGCUAAGAGGAAGAGUUAUCUGUGGUUAGCGGUUCUUUCGUUUUCUGUGGUACGGAAUCUCUAGACCCCAUAUUUGUUUCAUGAGCUGGCUCUUACUCUCUUGUCUCAGCAGACAGCCCUUGUUGAUGAGGGAUUUCCUGACAGCCGUCCGUCUAAGGUCCUUGCUGUCUGAAUAGUUGGAAAGUAUUCUUCUAAACGUGAAGUUACUGGCUUGGGGGUGAAAAAAUAACCACAUGUUAGCAAUUUCGUGAUGUAUAUUAAAGGAACAACCAAACAACAAGGUAUUUAAAGAGACAGGUUCUUUUCAUCCCUACCCUUGCGGGCUGUCACAGUAGGAGACUGUAUAAGUUCUUAGGUCGUCUCAAGAGCUGCAGCUUUGUCUUGUUGUUGAAUUCAUGUUCUUAAAGAUAUUUUAUCAAUUUGAAGCAAAUGCCUUGGAGAAUGUUUAAGUUACAUAAACUUCACUAGGUCUCUGUUUGGUUUUCAAGCUUUUCUAAGCUGACAUACUGUCAUAAUGUCAAAGGAAUAAUCAAUAAAUACCAUUUGGAGGCAGAAUAAUCCCCCAGAGUGAUAUGUACUCUAUUUUUGCUAACUACUAAGUUUUAUGCCCCUGAUAGACACUCUGAAAUAAUGAAUACCAUGCUAUACAGUCAAUACAUUUUCCAUAAGCUCUCAUUUAAAUAUUUUCUUUAUACUUACAUUUCUGGUUAUAAGAACAAAAGUAUAUGAAUAUAAACACACAUGCAAGAAUUUGAAACUCUCACACAGGAAAUCCCUAAUUUUAUGAUCCAAAAGGUACAAAAUUAGGUUGUUCCAAACUCAGACUGAAUUGCCCCAUAUCGUUGUGAAUAAUUAAGAUUUCUGGUAGAAAUUGUUGUUCAGUACCCACCAUACUCUAGAGUUGCCUGGGUGCCUUAUGGUGCAUUCUUAUGCUAGAGAAAGGUACUUUGAUUUCAGUAGAGACUUGGUACACUUCUGUCCAGAUGAUCCACUCAGGUGAUGCCCUGGGUGAGCCCCACUCUAUCUGACCUGUCCCCAAAUACACAGCCUGAAAUCUUUCUACUUCUCUCCUAGUCCCAGCUGUUCCAAUCAACAUGUCUAAAGUAUGACCCACUUCAAGUGUCAGGAAUAAGGAAACUUAGACAAUUCAUACUAAAUUAUUAGUGAGUAUAAUCUUACUGCUUCAAGAGAAAUCUGCAUUAACAACACACAUCAACUUGGGCAGCUCUGCUCAAUGAUGAGAAAUUUACAGAUGAACACUGUCCAUGCCUGCUCAAAAAAAGACUUUCCCUAUUUUCUGUUAGCAGUUUUCCAAGGGAUAUGAAGGCAGGAAAAAUACUCCUUUUUCAUUAUUCCCAAGCUUAUUUUUAAAUAACUGGUACUUAGCAAUUUAGUUUUUAAAAUGGUAUUCUGAAUUAAAUUGCUGAGGUGAUUCUAAAUUCUAAAACUAAUCUUGUUUUAUCACAUAAACAUCUAGUUAGAAAGUGUUUGUGAUGAAGACUUGUAUCUUGUGGCAUUAGUUCUUCAUGUUUCUUCUCCAUGCGUUGGCUGAAACUGUUGAUGUCCAGAUGAAUGGACAGUCGCUGUUGUUGGGGUCUGUGUAGGGCGAGCACACCCAGUUAGAGCAUGGACUGUACUUCACAGUAGCUGGAUGUGCUUUGCACUCUACUGUUGUAGAUUUAUUUUGUUUACAGUAGACUGAUGUCAGUUUUGUAAAUGUUUUUCUUAGCACUUUAACUGUGAGUGUAAAAACUGAUUUUAAAUGUAGUGGCUGUAUAUUUUGGUUAUAAACUGGAAAUUUUUAAUAAAACUAAAUAAUUUGUUCUCUUUUC